AUGAAGUUAAAUAAUGAAAGUUUCAAAAAUCAACAAGUAUCUAAGCCUUACCAAUGCAUUUUAUAUCAAAUAAAACAAUUUAAAAGUUUAAAAGAGCUUUAUCAACAUGAAAUUCUCAAACACUAUGAUUACAAAAUACUACUAUCUGAUAUUCCUUAUUUAUCUCCAAAUACAAUUCAACAAUUUUGUGAAAUCAAAAGUCAAUUUGUUGGAGUAUGUGGGCCAUGGAUUCAACGUUAUUUACCUUGUAAAAGAAAAUAUAUAUAUUCUUUUAAAGGUCAGGAUACAGAUGCAACAAUGGGAAUGAUAUUGCAAGACAAUAAAUAG